AUAUACAAGUGCGCAAGUAACGGAAGUAUAACUCUACGACUUGACAUUACUAUAAACCGUAUAUUGUGUACUUUUCGUGGUAACGCUGAUGCGAAUUAAAAAUGCCCAAAGUACGUAGAAGUAAGAAACCUCCGCCAGAUGGUUGGGAAUUAAUUGAACCGACGCUAGAAGAAUUAGAACAGAAAAUGCGAGAAGCUGAAACGGAACCUCACGAGGGCAAGCGAAAGCAAGAAUCUUUAUGGCCCAUAUUUAAAAUUCACCAUCAGAAAUCACGAUACAUAUAUGACUUAUAUUAUAGACGGAAAGCGAUAAGUCGAGAAUUGUAUGAUUAUUGCCUGAAUGAAAAUAUAGCAGAUAGAAAUUUGAUAGCCAAGUGGAAGAAAGUGGGAUACGAAAACUUGUGUUGUCUACGUUGUAUACAACACAGGGAUACUAACUUUGGUACAAAUUGUAUUUGUAGAGUACCUAAAGGCAAACUCGAAGAAGGCAGAAUAGUGGAAUGCAUUCACUGUGGAUGCAGAGGAUGUUCCGGAUAACAUUUAGCGAUGACUACAAGAUACAUAUUUAUGUUUCUGUUAAUGGUGUUGCAUUGUAUAUUACUAAAAACUGUAUCGCAUAAUAUCGAUGACCUAUGAAAGUAUCAAGUUAUAAAUUAAAA